UGGCUAGGAGGGCGCAUAAACCCUCAGUUAAGUCGCCCACAAAUUCAAUAGCAGACAAUGUUGGACAAUUAAAUCGUUCAGAAAACAAGAAGUGUUCUAAACAAUAGAUUGGCCGCAAGGAAUUAUAAUUUUAUUCAUAAACAAUAUUUACUGGCGCGUAUGGACCGUUGCAAGAAAUUUUAGAGUGCCGUGCUGCAAGGACUUAAGCGAACUGGUUUUACCCGUUCCUGGCUUUUUUAUUGCUUGGAUAAGCAGUCAUCCUGAAGUUGUUGUAUGAUCACCGAGCACCGAAUUAAAAGGUGGUGUUAUUUUCGACGACUCAUUGCAGGAAAGCAACAUGGAUUUCUCAGAUUCGCCACCGUUCUGGCCUUCGCCGCUAGGUCCAAGAGUUCCAGAUUUGGAUACAAAACUUCGAAAAACUGGAAACCCAAACAUGGAUACCGCUUUAGCAUGGCUGAGAGGAGAGCUAGCGGCCAUGCAGUUGCAAGACAGAGACAUGCACAAACAGCUCUUGACAAUGCGUUCAAGCAUCUCCAGUCUCCGAGAGGAGCUUAAAACCGAGCGGGAGGAAUGGGAAUUAGAGAACCAACAAGAAGAUACACCCGAACCCGAACCCGAACCCGAACCCAAACCCACCCACGCUCGAGGCUACGUCACCAAAGUUGAAGUCGUAAACAACGAUCGGGAAGAGCUCAGAAUAAGUCACGUUAAACAAGAUUCCGGGAUCUUGAGCGAUGAAGAACGAAGCGAUGAUGAGGAGUUAGAGGAGAGUGUACAAGAAUUGUUAAAAACCUUUCCGCCACCUGUCAGACCUAGAAGCAGCUCUUUUUCUUUUUCUUCCAAGUAUGCCGGUUACGGUGUGAAACGAGAAGAAAAUGGCGGUGGUGAAACUGAGCGUGGACCCACGCGUGGGGUAGUCCGAGUCCGCGCGCGGAGUGUUGCGGGAAUCGAAGUCGAACGACCAUCAACCGACGUAGUGUCACCGCGAAAUCGACCCCAGUUCUUUGCGGACGGAACUUUCAAUCGCUUUGGAAGUAUGCCAGUUAUCAACGAGAUUCCCGGAGACGCUCUACAACGGAACACAACCAGAUCAAAAACUUUCGCUUUUUAUGGAUAUCGUCGCCAACAGAGCGAAGUCGAGGACGACAACAGAGUGUCUUACCCUUCCUCAAAAAAACUACCUGUUGUAUUUGGCUCACUCACGAGGCACGGUAGCAUGCCCGUAAUGCAUAGCGGGGGACGACCGCGGUCGGGGACUGGGUCGAAAAACACAAACGAUAAUGUGAGACUUGUUGUCAGUAACCAGCCUAUCAAAAGAUCGACAAGUCAGAUCGUCCUCAGCAGGCCAGCUUGGGAUAAAGCCAGGGAAUUUGAAUCAAACCAAAUGAGACCUUGUAGAGUUUAUAGAUCCACCAGUCAGGUCUCUCUCGUUUAAUAUUCUUUGCACGACAAGACUCCACUGAAGGGAGGAGCAAAUUGCCGCCACAAAAGAUUCAGUGACACUUGUUUCCAGAAACCAGCCUAUAACAUAAAAAUGUUUUAUAAUAUAAAGAUCCAUUAGAGUAGCUGAGAA